GAAACCAAUAAGAAGAUAAAUAACACGCCACUUGGGGAUCUUGAAAGUGAGACCAAACUCCUUGAUAAUGCAGAUAAUCUUGAGAUGGUAAAUAAUAACGUUAUAUAAGUAUUCGGCAAACUAAGAAAACAAUACCAAAAAAAAAAAAAAAAAAAAAUUAAAAAAAAAAAUAAAAAAAACAAAACCAAAAAAAAAAAAAAAAAAAAAAAAAAAAAAAAAAAAAAAAAAAAAAAAAAAAAAAAAAAUAAAAAAAAAAAAAAAUAAAUAAUAACGUUAUAUAAGUAUUCGGCAAACUAAAAAAACAAUACCAAAAAAAAAAAAACACAAUUUGCAACAAAAAUUAGAAGAACGCAACGCAAAAAAAAAAAAACAAAAAAAAAAAAUAAUCAUAAAACAUCCAAUAAGCACCGAAAGACUGGCAAAAACAAAGCAAAUGCAAUAAGAGUGUCAUAUUCUAUUAUUAACGUAUAGAUGUAGAUUUAUUUUAUGCCUAAUUGGAAAAAAAAUAAUUAAGAAAAACAAUGGAAUUAAACUAUCUGCAUCGGCUUUUUUUUUUAAAAAGAUCAUAAUACUUAAGCUAUAUUAAACUAAAAACAUCAAGUAGUUAUGAAAACUUCUGUACAAUAAAAUAAAAAUAAAAAAAACUAAUUUCAUUCUAGAUUUCAAUCUGCACACAGUUAAAAAAAAGAAUUACAUUCUCAUUGUCCAUCCAAUGCAGCCCUUUAAACAAAACAGCUACAGGCAGCCUCACACCCUUCCUCCCGCCCUUUAAACAAAACAGCUACAGGCAGCCUUACACCCUUCCUUCCGCCCUUUAAACAAAACAGCUACAGGCAGCCUUACACCUUUCCUCCCGCCCUUUAAACAAAACAGCUACAGGCAGCCUUACACCUUUCCUCCCGCCCUUUAAACAAAACAGCUACAGGCAGCCUUACACCCUUCCUCCCACCCUUUAAACAAUAGUUCUGCAGACAGCCCUAAAUACAGUCCUACCGACUGUUGUACAUAUAGUCCUACACAAUACUCGUGACUCCUUACUGAUCAAUAUAAUAGUGCUUCAAAUAUAUUUUUAAAACAAACCUAUUUUCCGGAGUUUAUAUCUUCUGGAAUGAAAGCUUAAUUUUUGUUUCCUUCGGUAAUAUUAAAUAAAAACAUUUUUGAGUUUUGGGGUAAGAGGCGCUGGGGGGGGGGUGGGUUGGGGGUGCGAUGAGGAAGCAGGACGUGUUUGAAGAAGCUAUAUAUGUUUACGAAACAUCUCAUUUGUUUUGAAAAAAAAAAAUCUUGAAAAUCUCCCUUUUCAGUAAUAGAAAGAAAAAUAGGACAAAAAGAUGGAGAUAAAAUAUGCGAAAUAAAUUAUUUCAAAGAUUAUUGGUCUACGUUUAAUGCUAUUCAAAACUAAAUAAUUUAAUAAAUAUGAUUUCUAACUAUCGAGCAUGUAUAACUGUUAAAAGAUAAAUGAAGACAAAAAAUUACAUAAAUCCAUAUUGUAUAAUAAAAUGGAAAAAAAAUAUAGUCAAGUUGUUUUAAAUGUAAUUUAAAAACUAAUGUUUGGAGGCGAGUCUUGUAGACAAAAAAAAAGCCGUAUGUGAAAAGGGAUAAAAUUUUCAAUUUCCCAAAGCAGUCUUCAAGAAUUAACAAACACAUAUUUUUUAGAAACACGCUUGAAAUAUAUCGAUUUUUAUGGAAUCUUAUAUUGAUGUUGUUGGAAAUGAAACAUGUAUUUUUGUGCUUAUGUGUUCUUAUAAUAUAAAAUCUAUAGAAAUCAAGAACUAACGAUCAAGAAAUUAUUCGAAGAGAAGUAGAUGUUAACUCAAAAGAAUCGAAGGGUUGGACUGCCUUGAUGUUUGCAACAACAAGUGGAGAUAUUGAAAUUGUUCAACAACUAAUUGAGACUGGCGCCAAUCUUAAUGCGCAAAAUGAAGAAGGAUGGACUGCGUUAAUGCUAGCGGCGAGGCAUAAGCAUGUUGACAUUUGUAAACAUUUAAUUACUAAAGGGGCUAGCGUUAAUCUCACAGAAAGGCAUGGUUUAACUGCACUGAUGAUUAGCUCAAUUAUAGGAAACAAAGAGAUAGUGAAAGCAAUUACAGAAACUAGCGCUGCUACUUUAGAAAAAGGGAGAGAAAAGGUCGGAAUAAAAGACACUUUUAAAUAUAAUAGAGUUGUGAAACGUGUUCGUAACAGAAAGUCACUUAUUGACAAUGAGUCGCUUAAAAUAGCGAUGGGAACUAUUCCACUUUUGAGCCCAAGUUACAUUGAUGAGACAUCUUGUAAAGAGGAUGACGCAGCUAUAAAUGAUGAAAUUAGAUGUGAAAAUGUACUUCAGGUUCCAGAAAAUACAAAAGCAGAAAAGAAAUACCCGGACGUCAAGCGAUAUCAGCCUGUUAAAAAGGGAACAGUCAUUGAUAUCAUAAAUGCUGCGACUAAAGGGAAUAUCAAAAUGUUGGAUUUUCUGAUUGGACAAGGGGUAAACAUUGAUGACAAGACAGAGGAUGGGAAGACCGCUUUAAUGGUUUUAUCUCUUAAAGGUUGCACAAAUGGUGUGGAAUUACUAUUAUCGAAGGGGGCAAACAUUGACGCAGUCAACGACGAAAAGGGACUGACUGCUUUAAUGUUUGCAUGUCAUAAGGGGGACUUCAAAACAGUUGAAUUGCUUAUUAAAGAGGGGGCUAAUGUUAAACUACUGGAUAAACAAGGUUGGAACGCGUUAAUGCAUGCAGUUGCAAAUGGGUAUAAAGAUAUCGCUUAUCUUCUCACCCAUUGUAAGCAAAAAGAAGAGGAAGCGAAUAUCGACACAUGCCCUGAAAAAACUCAGCAAAACGAUUGUCAGUGUAGUGACGGUUUAAACCUUACUGGAAAUCAUGAAACGGGUGAGCAAAUAAGUGUUCCUAUUGAACAAAAUGAAGAGGUAAGCAGUAAAAGCAUAGCAAACGAUUUCAAACUGGAAUCUGUUUCUGAAGCUAAUGAAGAUGCUAGUGAUGUAAAUGUGUAAUCGAAAUUAUACUGAUAAUUUAACAUAAUGUAGAUGUGAGAAACAUGUAUCUUAAAUAUUUAAAAACAUUUUAACAAUCCCUAACCGGUUUCUAUAAAGAAUGGAAAUGGCCAUUUAAUUGUUAUGUCAGCUUAAGACUUUGUAUUAGUAAAGCGUAUCUCAUUCGUCAUGUAAUCAUUCUUUGUAGUACAGUCUUUGCUCUUGUCGCCUAAUCCUAUAUUGUUACUAUUUGUACAUUUUGAGAAUUGCAAUUAAAGAUUGAACAAUAUUAAAAAGCAUCACUGGUAAUCAUAUUUAUUUAAAUAUUUAUUUUAAUACGUCAUAUAUGACAUGUAAAAGCAUUGUAUUCAAAUGCUAAUUUUGUAAUUACUAUCUCGUUAAUACUAAUUUCUUUGAAUAUAUGUAAAAAUUAACAUAAACUUUACGCAAAAAAAUGUUUUAAAUUGAUUUGCUUGUUUAACUCUGGAAAUAAAAAAGUAUAUAUGAAAAUAUAUAAUUUAUUUUUGAAUGUAAAAUUAAUUCAUUUCUAUAAAUUUUAUUUUAACACAGCCAUACAAUUUUUUUAGAAAAAAACAAAACACUUUCAACAACAAAAAAUCCUGUAAUUAAAUGGUUAUAGUUUUUUGUAUGUCGUAGUGACUUAACCAAAUAACUGAUCGCGGAUUAUACAUGUUGUUUUAAUUUUUUUUAAAAAAAGAGAGACGCAUGCUUUUAGAACAGGUCAAUAGUGAAUUAAACUUGUCUACCGGUCCGCAAAAUUAAUUUUGAAGGUACGGGAAACAUUGAUCUGAAGUUUCU